CUCUAAACUCUCUCUCUUCAAAGCCUUUUUGUAUCUUCCCUUUUCCUUCCUUUUUGGACAAAUCAUUUUAGAGUGGAACCAGUCAUUAGUUCGAUGGCUGCGGAUUCCUUUGAUGAAAUGAAAGAGGACACAAAACAAAUGUUUGAAAACUAUAAUUUAAUUUCUGUUGAUCAAUCUUGACCAGAAAUAGUCAGACUAUGCAUCUUUUUUUUUUCCUCGUCUCCAUUAAACACUGUUUUAUUUGGUUGUGAGUUUACUGUUAAAUGAUCUUCAUCUUAUCUUCUGAAUACCCAUUUCUUUGUUUGCUUGUUUUCCCUGUUUUGGUCAAAUAAAAUUUAUGAAAUUGGAAUAGGGGACCCAAUCACUCUCUUAAAGUAAACAAGAACUGGGUUUUCACAUAAAUAGCCCACAAUCCAUGGCUCCUCACUUGGGAUUCUUUUAAAGAAGUUGAAGAGCCUGAGCUAGUGAAGGGAACAACAAUUCUUGAUCAACCACCAUCUCUUAGACUCAGACCUUGGCAAUGGUGGAUCUUGGUCACCCUCAACAUCACCUUCCUUCUCAUCGGACAAUGUGGUGCUGUCAUCCUAGGUAGAUUCUAUUAUGACCAAGGUGGAACAAGUAAAUGGAUGGCAACACUAGUCCAAACCGCAGCAUUCCCCAUCUUCUAUAUCCCAUUCUUCUUCUUUCCUUCCCCCAAAAAUCUUCCUGUUACCACAACCGCUGCAGCCAUCCUUGACAGGCCUUCUAUUCCUAUGCUCUCCUUGAUUUACUUCUUCCUUGGUGCUCUCCUAGCUGGUGACAACAUGUUGUAUUCGAUUGGCCUUCUGUACCUUCCUGUAUCUACUUACUCUCUCAUAUGCACAACUCAGUUGGCCUUCAAUGCAAUUUUUUCUUUCUUCAUCAAUUCUCAGAAGCUCACCCCUUGGAUAAUCAAUUCUCUAGUCCUCCUGACUUUAUCAGCUUCCCUUGUCGCAGUAAAUUCCGAUCCCACUGAGCAUAAAGGGGUGUCAAAAGGAAAGUAUGCGCUUGGUUUCAUCUGCACUCUAGGUGCAUCAACAUGUUACUCGCUAUUGCUUUCUCUAAUGCAGUUAUCCUUUGAAAAAGUUUUGAAGAGGGAAACGUUGUCAGUGGUACUGGAAAUGCAGAUCUAUACAUCCCUUGUUGCUACAUUUAUUUCCAUAGGAGGCUUAUUUGCCAGUGGGGAAUGGAGGGACUUGAGGGAUGAAAUGGAGAGUUUCAAGGAGGGGAGAGUUCUUUAUUUUAUGGCUUUGGUUGGGGCAUCUUUGGCUUGGCAGGUUUCAUCUAUUGGAGUAGUGGGGCUAAUUUUUGUGGUGUCCUCCCUUUUCGCCAAUGUUAUUAGUACAUUGGCGUUGCCUCUUGUUCCAGUUGCUGCAGUGCUCUUUUACCGUGAGACAAUGAAUGGGGCAAAGGUGGUGGCUAUGUUAUUGGCAAUUUGGGGAUUCGCCUGGUAUCUGUACCAACAUUAUCUUGAUGGGAAUGAACCAAGGGUGAAAGAGAUGAGUUCUAAUGAAGUCUUCGAUGAGUCUAGUUCUUGACUGCAGUGCUGUUUGUUCACGAGUUCUGCAGCAGGUUGAAGCUUGGGAAAAACACAGUUUCUCUAUGGAAGUGGCAACAAAACCUAGUUAAUUAUUUCUAGGCCAGCCACAUUAUACACAUAGCUAGAUAUGCUGCCUGUCAACUACAUAUUCAAUAUUGUACAUUGGAGGAUAUGUAUAUUUACAACCUCUGCAGCUUAGAAGCUUCAACAAAUAUAUUUUCUCCAUUAGUCUCCCAA